CAGGGCUGCAUUUCUACUCUCUAGUCAUCCAACAACUAGAGUCUCUAGACCCAAACGCGAUUUUUUUCACUAGCGUGGAGGAGAUGCUAUCUUGCUGCAGUCUCAAGCUAUCAAUUAUUAUUCAGACAUGCUUCCUUUGCGCAAUUGAUGGAAAAUCAACGAGCUCGCAGCCUCUUAAAAUUACAACCUCGCAACCCCCCCAAAAAUUGCAGAGCACAGAGCAAAUCAAAGGAGGGGCGGGUAUAAAUGGCGUCACUCCAACCCCUCCUCUCUGGACAUUUGGAACCUUAUGGGAACUAUUAGGGGGCAAUGGAACAACUUGGGUCGACCUGCCAACUCCAUCGACGACCACCGCUCAGCCAACAACCCCGAAAGACAUAGAACUAAUCCUCAGGAAUGCCAAGAUCAUCCCGGAUGUGCUAAACAAAAGACCACCUCAUGAAAUUCAGGUGUCAUUUUAUAAUAUGCCCUGGAAUUUGGGUAGAAUUUUUGAUAAAACCGAUGUGCGCGAGGCUCCACACUACUUAUGGUGGAUCUCUGAGGCGGAAACGUAUUAUACGCUCCUUUUGAUAAGUCCAGAUUUUCCCGGCGAACAUGAUCAUUGUUUAGCGCAAUAUCAACACUGGGUCGUGGUAAACAUACCUGGCUUAUGGGUUGAAGGAGGUGAAACACUCGCAUCUUACGUAGGCCUGGAACCGUAUGGCAUCGGGAAACAUAGAUUAGUUCUCCUUUUAUUCAAGCAGCCCAGCAGAGAGAAAAUCGGAUUUUCUGAUGAAUUAAUCUACACGAGAAAAGACGUAUUUAAUCGAGGGAAUUUUUCAGCCUUGAGGUUUGCUACGAAGUAUGACUUAGGUGACCCCAUAGCUGUCAACUUCUGUGUAUUGGACAUGGAUAUUCUGCCCGAACCAUUUUACUGAAGUAAGCUUGUAUAUUUUAACGAAGGUGGACAUCAUUAAGUUAUUUGUAAGCUCGGCACGAUAAAAGGAAAUAUGAGAAUAUUGUUAUACAUAUAGUACUAGUAAUCUAAGCGCAGCUCUCUGGCUCGUAUAUUUGUGAGAUACAAGCAAACUGUAAGUUUUUUUAUAAGAUUUUACAUAAUUAAACUGUUAUCAAACUCAUUUAGAUGCCCAUGUGAUUUAGAAAAAAAUGUAUGCUGCUUAAACUUCGCAAAUAAAGGAGAGUAAUACCUGUC